GAAAGGGAAAAGGAGGCUCCGGAGGAAAGACUUCGGAUUCCGCAGGCGGUUUGCUCGCACGUUCGUCUCCUGGGCGAAGCGACCCAACGUCCAGAUCCGACGUGUCAGCAGAAACGCCUGGCCAUCGCUUUCGCAGCUGAGCAAGCUUACGUGAUUCCCGAUCGCCUCUCCAGCGCCAGGCAAUGCCCGCCGUCGACAGACUUCGCCUAGAAGACGCUCUGCAAGAUAGUCCGCAGACCCGCUCCUUGUUGAGCGUAUUUGAAGAAGAUGCUGGAACACUCACGGAGUACACCAACCAGCUGCUUCAAGCAAUGCAGCGAAUCUAUGGGGCACAGAAUGAAAUGUGCCUAGCAACACAACAGCUUUCCAAGCAUCUUCUUGCAUAUGAAAAACAGAAUUUUGCCUUGGGGAAAGGAGAUGAAGAAAUGAUAUCUACGCUUCAGUCCUUCUCAAAAAUUGUGGAUGAGCUUAAUGUUUUACACACUGAACUGGCAAAACAGCUUGCAGACACAAUGGUUCUUCCUAUCAUCCAGUUUCGUGAGAAAGAUCUCACAGAAGUAAGCACUUUGAAGGAUCUCUUCAGUCUUGCAAGCAAUGAACAUGACAUCUCCAUGGCCAGAUACAGCAGGCUACCCAAAAAGAGAGAGAAUGGAAAGCUAAAGGCUGAAGUUGUCAAAGAGGUCGCCAGUGCCCGAAGGAAACAACAUCUGUCAUCAUUACAAUAUUACUGUGCCUUGAAUGCUUUACAGUAUCGUAAAAGAAUUGCCAUGAUGGAGCCUAUGCUGGGAUACGCACGUUCACAGAUUAAUUUUCUGAAGAAAGGAGCAGAGAUGUUUUCAAAAAAACUGGAUGGCUUCUUAACAUCGGUUACAAAUAUGGUGCAGAGCAUCCAAGAAGAAUCAGAUACUGAAGUUGAAGCAAUGCGGGUAUCUCAGCAAGAUCUGCUUUCAGUUGGUGAAUCAGUAUAUACGCCUGAUUUUGAUGCUUCUCCUGUCAUCAACAAAAACCUUAUCCAGAAAGCAGGCUACCUUAACCUUAGAAACAAAACAGGCCUUGUGACAACCACAUGGGACAGGCUGUAUUUCUUCACUCAGGGUGGAAACUUGAUGUGUCAGCCCAGGGGUGCAGUAGCUGGUGGAUUGAUUCAAGAUUUGGACAACUGCUCUGUAAUGGCAAUUGAUUGUGAAGAUCGACGUUACUGCUUUCAGAUCACGACUCCGACUGGAAAACCAGGCAUAACCCUCCAGGCAGAAAGCAAAAAGGAAUAUGAGGAGUGGAUAAGUGCAAUCAACAACAUUUCACGACAGAUCUAUCUGACUGACAACCCAGAAGCAGUUGCCAUUAGGUUAAAUCAGACAGCACUACAAGCUGUGACCCCAAUCAUGAGCUUUGAGAAGAAGCAAGCUGAGAAGAAGCAAGCUAGUCACUCUUCCAGCCAGGAGGGGAAGAACAUGGAUAUUCUGAAUGACCAGACAGUCCCUGAGGAAUCUGCUGAUGCUCUCAUCCCCACCGAGUUAAUUGCACCUGGAACUCCCAUUCAGUUUGACAUUGUGCUCCCUGCAACAGAGUUCCUAGAUCAGCACAGGGGUGGAAGACGCACCAACCCUUUUGGAGAAUCUGAAGAUGGCGAGAAAGAGGAUGAAGCAGAUUCACUCCUGCAGCACAUGUUUGUGGUUCGGUUUUUGGGCUCUAUGGCUGUCAGAUCUGACCACACAGUGGAGGUGAUCUAUGAAGCAACGCGACAGGUGUUGGCAGCUCGGGCCAUUCAUAACAUUUUCCGUACAACUGAAUCCCAUCUCUUGGUCACCAGCAAUGACCUGAAAUUGAUAGAUCCUCAAACACAAGUUACAAGAUCAAAUUUUGAACUAGCCAAUGUGACACAGUUUGCUGCUCACAAGGAAAACAAGAGGCUGUUUGGGUUUGUGGUUUGUGCCUCUGAAUUGCCAGGUGAAGAGGGCAUGAGUGCUUAUGUGUUUGAGAGUAACACUGAAGGUGAAAAGAUUUGCUAUGCAAUAAAUCUGGGGAAGGAAAUCAUUGAGGCUCGAAAGGAUCCAAAAGCUCUAGCUCAAUUAAUAUCAUCCAUGCCUCUGACUAAUGAUGGAAAAUUCAAGUUAUUGAAUGACCAGUCAGAAGAAGACAAUGUUGUACAUGGAGAAGAACAGGAGUCAGAAGCAUAACUUGUAAUUUCUCUCAGUGGAGAGAUGAUGGUGCCCAUAAGAGAGAAUGCCCUGUGCUCUCAGCUGUGGUCCAACAUAGAUGGGCUAGAAUAAACACCAAGAGAUGAGAACUUGAUCCAAAUUUUGGGUAUAGAAAACUGACAGUCUUUUUAAAAUUCUUCCUCAGUACCAAACCAUCUUGAUACUGAUGGGAGGACCACAAAGUCAUCACUGCCACCAGCAAAGAAUUAAUUCCUCAUGAACAUGUAUUCACAAAAUUUAUAAAUAAAUAAACACAUAUUUCACAUAAUUCUACUAGCUAUAGUAGAGAGGAAGGAAUUGCACAGGCCACAAAAUUUCUGAAAGUCUGGAAUAAAAUACAGAGGCACUUCACAGACAAACUAAUAUUUUGCAUCUUAAUUGAAAUAAGUAGAAGAAUUGAAGUGUUUGGAAUAUAAUCUCAGUGAUAAAUACUUUAUUUGCUCCUAUUUGCAUACCUUUUUGAAAAGUAAUGGGAAAGCUAUUUUAAACUAGGCUAUUUAGAAAGAUAUUCAAUAACAGUUUCUACUAAUAUUUAUUUUUAUACGUUUAUCUGAGUUAAGCUUUCAGAAUUAAGUGCCUAAUUUGUGAUAAUGUAAAACAAAAAACUCAAGCGAAUAGAAAAUAGAUGGACCAGAAAGCAAGUUAGAACUAUUAUGAAUCUCAAUCAUUUAUCAAGGCUGAAGAAAAGAUGAGUGAGUGGUUAUCACUGCCAUUCAAAUAAGAUGUUGGCUAACAUUUUUGCACUGUUUUGUAAGACAAGACAACAGCUUUCCUACUUUCACAUGAAAGUUUACAAAUUUGAUAGAAGAUGAAGACAAAACAAUUUCUUGAAGACAAAACAAUUUCUUCAAACCUAGAUAUAAGCAGCACCAGAAGCACUUUCACACUAUCCUGGGAAAAGCAGUUUCUUCAGAAAGAAAAUCAAGCUGGGCACAGCAGUGCUUAUACUAUCUUCUUUAUUUGACAUUCUUCCUCGUGGAGCCAGCACAAAUUUGGAUAUAUCUGCUUUGGUAGCUUUAGGUUUACUCUUUUAAAUUAAAAACACACUGUAAAUAAAUUACAAUGAUAGC